AUGCCUAAGCGCCAUCUCUUUGUGCUUCGCCAUCUCACAGUCACCACAAUAUCAAAGGCUGUUGUCCUUGUAUGGCGUCUUCAAUGGCGUCCGACACAGCGCAUUAUCGAUGUGACCUGGCAAAAGGCAGCGCAGCUAGAGAAGCCACCAUGCCGACGGCCCAGAGCUUCCCUCAUCUGCUAUCCGUACAGCCUGUUACUUCCAAUUGAUGAUGCCGUAUCUGGUUAG